GAGUGUCAUCCAGUAGAGUACGCUAUGCUCAUUACAUCUGUCUUCUUCUCACUCUCCUUGGAUGCACUAACAUGUCGUUGUCUAAUCUGCUCAUGAAAACAAAAAUACGCGCGACGAACGCGACUCGAGACACUACAAGACAAGCUAGCUGAUAUCGAUCAUUGUCUCCGCUCCUACAGAAAAAGCCACAAGCCGACUAUGGCUGAAGCCAAUGCCGCCGAAGAGGCACCCACUCGCUCCACGCUCCCCCUCAAAGGCUCCGUCAAGACCGUCUCCGAGUUCUUUGAAUAUGCCAUCAACACAAUCCUCUACCAACGCGGUCUCUAUCCGCCAGAAGACUUCAAAGUCGUCAAAAAGUACGGCCUCAAUAUGCUCAUCACUACAGACGACGAUGUUCGGCGGUAUAUCAAGAAGAUCAUGCAACAGCUCCAUAAAUGGCUGACUGUUGGGAAAGUCAACAAGCUCGUUGUUUGCAUAGUCAGCAAGGAAUCAACGGAGACCCUUGAACGCUGGCAAUUCGAUGUGGAUAUCGUCGCCUCUACAGUUGCACCCACUGUGGUCCUCUCCACUGUUCCUGCAGCGCAAGAACCUGCCUCUGCCCCUAUUGCACGCGACGAACAAGACGUGACGAAGGAGAUUCAAUCCCUCAUUCGUCAAAUCACAGCAUCUGUCACGUUCCUCCCCGAAAUCUCUGGUCGGGCUACAUUCAACGUGCUCGUGUAUACACCAAGCGAUCCAGAUCCAACACUCGCAACGCCCAAGGACUGGGUGGAUAGUGAUGCGCGACUUGUGAGAAAUGCUGAAGCUGUUCAACUUCGCAGCUUCAGCACAGGCGCUCACAAAGUUGGUUUGCAAGUGGCGUAUACCAUGGACGAGCAAGUCGUAUAAAUCAUCACACGUUCGACCGUUAGCGAUUUUAGCGUAU